CCCGCCACUGCACUCCCACAGCCUUCUCUGCGUAGCCACCGCGGCGGUUCUUUUUUCCCUGUAAUUAACCGAAAUAUCAAGGGCAAUCCGGUCCAGAAGCACCAUCAAUCUCUCUCUCUCUCUCUCUCUCUCUCUCUCUCUCUCUCUACAUUGACACAGUCACUCUCAAACCGAAGCAAUGCGAAGUUUGUUCGGCGGAGCGACCCAAAUUCUGAGCAAAUCGUCGUCCGCUUUCUUCUUCCUCAAUCCAAAUUGGAAGCUCUCUCUUUGCGAACCGGGGUCCAAAUCCCCUCGCCUUCUCCGCACCUUCGCGAUCAUGGCCUCCGCGGACGAGUUCGUCAAGGGCAGCGUCCACCCAAAUGGCGUCGCCGUCAUCACCCUGGAUCGCCCCCGAGCUCUCAAUGCCAUGAACCUAGAUAUGGAUGUGAUAUACAAGAGCUAUCUGGAUGAAUGGGAAUCUGACCCAAAUGUGAAGUGUGUUCUUGUUGAUAGCAGCUCGGCUCGUGCCUUUUGUGCCGGAAUGGAUAUUAAAGGGGUUGUUGCCGAAAUUCAAAAGGACAAAAGCGGUGAUGUGAAGCAGAUAACGGCCAAAAACCAACUACCGGAUAUGAUUGAGGUAUUCACUGCUGAGUAUUCUCUAAUAUGCAAAAUCUCUGAGUACAAGAAGCCCUAUAUAAGCUUCAUGGAUGGCAUAACAAUGGGCUUUGGUAUUGGCCUAUCAGGUCACGGUCGCUACCGGAUCAUUACAGAGAGGACUGUUCUUGCUAUGCCAGAGAAUGGAAUUGGUUUGUUCCCAGAUGUUGGGUUUUCACAUAUAGCGGCAAAGAGUCCUGGAGGAGGAUCUGUAGGUGCUUAUCUUGGACUUACUGGGAAAAGGAUUUCAACACCAUCGGAUGCACUAUAUGUGGGUCUUGGGACACAUUUUGUCCCAUCUCAAAACUUAGGUUCUUUAAAGGAGGCCCUUUUGUCUACCAAAUUUUCCCAGGAUCCCCAUCAGGACGUUGAAACAGCUGUGGCAAAAUUCAGCAGCAACCCAGAUUCUGAAGCGCAACUCAAGAAUCUUUUACCUCGAAUAACUUCAGCAUUUGGUGCAAAUAAGUCGGUUCUUGAGACAAUUGAUGAACUUAAAAAGCAGCAGCAGAGUUCAGAUGCUACUGUGGUGGAGUGGGCUAAUGAAGCUCUUCAAGGUCUUGGAAAGGGUGCUCCUUUUUCACUUUAUUUGACACAAAAUUAUUUCUCCAAAGUUGCAUCUGCGCUUGGGAAAAAUGACAAUCAAUUAUCCACAUUAACUGGUGUGAUGAAAACUGAAUAUCGCGUUGCUGUAAGAUCGUCUUUGAGGAAUGAUUUUGCUGAAGGUGUGCGGGCAGUUUUGGUGGACAAGGAUCAGAAUCCAAAGUGGAACCCGGCAAAGUUAGAGGAGGUGAAUCGGAGUGAAGUGGAAGCUCUCUUCGAGCCAUUGAGCCCGAACGUUGAGGAGUUGAGUGUGUGACUGACUGGCAUGCGAAAGCGGAACCAUUGAAAUAUAUUUACCGUUGUGGAAAAUACGUAAAAUGAAACCGGAUGAGAGGAAAGCACUUUCACUUGGACGCUUUUAGUGCUUUUUGUACUGCGAUUUCCACGGCCAUGUGAUUAACUAACAUUGUGGUUGUGGCAUCCAAAAGGGGCUUCUGUUUGAAGACCUAGUACAAUAAUCAACCAAACAAGCUUCUUUAUAGUCUCAAUAAGUUGGGUCCCAUGUCAACAUGACAUAAACAUUGCAUGAGGUCUUUUGUACCCUACACUUGGUGAUUAAAUUGAAGACAAUAUCGAUGGUUAUUAGUGUGGAUCGAA